UUUUGGGUUUUUUAAAUAUCUAUACUUCCCUCAUUGAAAAAGGAAAAACAGUGCUCUUGCUCUGUCUUGCUGUUCACGAAAUCAUCUGCCUUUAAAAGUUCGUAGACAACCAAAAGUGGAUCGCAAACACUGAAAACAGAGUGAAAGAAGGGAGAGCGCAAAACGCAAAUUAAUUAGAAUGAGUAGCAUCGGAACUGGCUACGACCUAUCGGUCACCACUUUCUCGCCUGACGGUCGCGUUUUCCAGAUCGAGUAUGCUGCUAAGGCUGUCGACAACAGCGGGACUGUUGUAGGCAUCAAAUGCAAGGAUGGAAUAGUUCUGGGCGUCGAGAAGCUUAUACAAUCGAAGAUGAUGUUACCGGGGUCCAAUCGACGAAUCCAUUCCGUUCAUCGACACUCUGGCAUGGCAGUUGCUGGUUUAGCAGCAGAUGGAAGGCAAGUGGUUGCUCGUGCAAAGUCGGAAGCUACUAACUAUGAGAGUACAUAUGGGGAAGCUAUUCCAGUGAAGGAACUUGCUGAUCGUGUUGCUAGUUACGUGCAUCUCUGCACACUCUAUUGGUGGCUCAGACCUUUUGGUUGUGGAGUCAUUCUUGGAGGUUAUGACAGAGAUGGACCACAAUUAUAUAUGGUUGAGCCUUCUGGAAUUUCAUAUAGGUAUUUUGGCGCUGCUAUUGGAAAGGGAAAACAGGCUGCUAAAACGGAAAUCGAGAAGUUGAAGCUUUCUGAAAUGUCGUGUAGAGAAGGGGUCAUUGAAGUAGCCAAGAUCAUAUACAAGGUUCAUGAUGAAGCAAAGGAUAAGGCUUUUGAAUUGGAGAUGAGUUGGGUUUGUGAGGAGUCAAAACGCGAGCAUCAAAAGGUUCCUGAUAAUCUUCUAGAACAAGCCAAAGCCGCUGCAACUGCUGCUCUGGAAGAGAUGGAUGCUGACUGAUGCUUAUAGAGGGUUGGAACUAGAAAUUUAUGCUUUAAGUGAAGAAUUUCUGGAGGUUCGCUAAUGGCUGAGGGAGCGGGCUCUUACUGCCAUACUUUUGACCUUUUAGAAACUUCUUUCAGCUUAACUGCCAAAUUGUUCAUCUUGGAUUUGUUUAGUUUUUGUAGUAGUGAUAAUGUUCUCGAUCCAAUUUGCUCGUAUUUAGCCAUUACAUAUGAUAAUGCUGACUGUUCAUCUCUUGGGAUCAA